AUGGUGGUGUUCUCAGGAAACCAAAUAGUCAAACUAUUUGUUCUUGCUGUGUAUUCCUCAAAAGCCACUCAAUGCAUGGAUGGAUUGACAGAGAGUGGACAGCAUGUACUGAUCACAUAUCCAAGGGGAGAAAAAUUUGCAGGGAUCCCAACAGAAAAGACAAAAAUUCCAAUGUCUGAAAUUGACAGUCUACAUUUGCUGCCAGAGAUCAAGGACCCUUCAAUGGAACAAAGAGCUGUGAAAUACUCCAACUCUGUUGUGCAGCUUAGAAAGCCAGCUCCUGGAAAAUACAAGGAUAAUUUGGACUAUGUAAUGUCGAUUGAAAAGAGUGAAAGCUCAAGCUCUUCCCAAGCUAUUCCAGUUGAUCAUUCUUACUGGGCAGCCAUGCAGAUAAGAUCUAUGUGGCAGGAGUUUGAACAGUUGGCCCAAGAUCUUUUUGAUCUUAAAAAGAAACUUGAAACAGUGAAACAAGGAUCAAACUACAAGCAUUCCUCCAAAAGCAUUCGUGAAGAAACAGAUCGUCUGGCUCUAUUAGUAUCUCCAGAUUUAGAAAUUGUUCACAAUAAUCUUCUUCUAGAGGUUCGGGAGAAUUAG